AUGGCUACAACAACAGUUCUUGAGCUUUCCGAGCUCUCAGAGCAUUACAAUGGGCCUGUUCGCACCACCAGCAAAACCUUGCACAGCGGAUACACCACUUCACCAAAAGCCUCCGGAUAUGAAACACCUCCUCGGCAAGUUGAAGCAGCAACCAUAGUACGGACCGGACAGCCCGAGUUCUCCUUGCCACCUACAGACAGAGGAAAGAGCGCUUGGUUGUUCCUUGCUGCAAGCUUUCUAAUCGAAGCCGUUGUUUGGGGAUUUCCCUUUUCUUUUGGCGUCUUUCAAGACUACUAUCAGACACAUGAGCCCUUUGCCGGGUCAUCUGGUAUCGCAACGAUUGGAACUUGUGCUAUCGGUGUUAGUUACAUGGGCUUCCCCUUAGUGGUACUCUUGCAACGGCUCUAUCCACGCGCAACCCUAUAUGGCCCUAUAGCUGGCCUUUUAGUCAUGUCUCUGUCUUUAGUGGCAUCGUCAUUUGCGAUGACCGUGCCGCAACUCAUCGUAACCCAAGGAAUAUUUUACGCCAUCGCAGCCUGCACAUGCUACUGCCCAUGCAUGCUAUACCUGGAUGAGUGGUUUGUGUCACGCAGAGGCCUAGCCUUUGGGAUCGUUUGGUCCGGAACAGGUACUGGAGGUUUCCUCAUCCCUUUACUGCUCGAGUUCCUGCUUGGGAAGUACGGCUUCAGAACUGCUCUACGCAUAUGGGCCGUCACUCUUUUGGUCGUCACAAUGCCGCUCAUUUACUUUGUGAGGCCUCGACUCCCAAUAAGCUCUUCUACACACGCCAAACCCUACAAACUGCCGUUCCUCUUGGACAAGACCUUCCUUUUCUAUCAAUUUGCCAGCAUGGCUGAAUCCAUUGGGUUCUUCCUACCUGCUGUCUAUUUACCUACAUACGCCCGCUCCUUUCUAGGCGCGGGUCAUUUCCUAGCUGCCUUGACAGUCAUGCUCAUCAACGUCUCGGCUGUCAUCGGUACAAUUGUCAUGGGCUCGCUGACUGAUAAGUUUGGGAUCUCGACCUGUCUCAUCAUCUCCACAAUCGGCGCCACACUGGCCACAUUUCUCCUCUGGGGCCUAGCCAGCAACCUAGCCACACUUUACGCCUUUUGCAUUCUCUACGGGCUUUUUGCCAGUUCAUAUGUGUCAAUAUGGCCGGCCAUGACACGAGACAUCAUAUCCAGUGCUAUGUCAGCGGACGAGUCACCUGCUGGGGAGAACAGGGCUGCCUCGUAUGACCCCAUCAUGAUCUUGGGUGUUAUGACUGCAGGGCGUGGACUGAGUAAUGUUGUGUCGGGGCCUCUCAGUGAGGCGCUCAUCAAGAAUCUUCUAUGGAAGGACGAAGCGGCCUCUGCAUGGGGAAGUGGCUAUGGACCGCUGAUUGUUUUCACAGGAGUGACUGCGGUCUUGGGCGGUACUACUGUCGUUUGCAAGAGGCUGGGGUGGAUGGACCGCUAUUAG